AUGCCGCCUCCUGCCGAUAUUGUCCCCUUGUGGUUCCAAUGUGACUAUCCAGAUUGCAACGCUAAAUAUCGGCGUAAAGAGCACCUGAAUCGACAUCGUAAUCAUCACGAUAAGGAAAUCCAUGUCGCUUGUCCUUAUUGUGAGAGCGUCCUGACCAGGAAUGACCUGUUGCGACGCCACAUCCGGACUUACCAUCCGCAAAGAGAACUGCCACCGACUCGAAAAUUUAGGGCAUGUAGUGCAUGUCAUGCACGGAAAGUCCGUUGUGAAGGUGUAUUACCAUGCAAUGCCUGUCAACAUCGCGGCGUCUUCUGUGUGCCUAGUGGGGGUGAAACCGUAAGCGAACAACAAUCUUCGAUCGAUGAUCUCUGCCCUUUGCCGCAUAUUUCCAGGAUUAAUGAUUCCAUUUCUGACGCUCCCCGGUGGAUUGCUCAUGACUAUAUUGAUAUUUACUUUAAUACUUUCCAUCCAAGAUGGCCGUUUCUCCAUCGAAGCACAUUUGACUUCGUCAAGGAACCUUGUGUACUUGUUCAAUCCGUUGUCGCAAUUGGACUUUGGGUGAAAGGGACUCAGGAGGCACGAGACGCAUCGGACCAAUGGUGCAUCUCCAACUCGAGUCCACGCCAACACACAAAUACCUCGUGGCCUAUAACAUCAUUUCAGAGUGUGCUCUUGAAUAUCAUUCUUUCUCUUUUCAUUGCAAGAGAGAAUUCCAGUACAGAUUUGAGCAUGCGAUGCCGAUUACCAGACGACAAAUAUGACCUCCUGGCUGCGCUUGUUCAAAGCUGUCGAAGGUGGGAUAUUUUCUACUACCCUAACAUGCUUCUGCAACACGAUGCCGAUGCACCACUCGCGUUUGUAUAUCUGAGCGUUGAAGAGAUUAAGAGAUUUGGACUAGCCCUCUAUAAGGUGUGCCGAUUGUCCACACCCACUUCCUUUGACUUGAGCGGAGACUGUUCCAAUGGCGGCAGAAAUGAUCUUUUGACCCUGGCCGACUUGUCCUUUUGCAUGCCAGACAGUGAUGAGCUGUGGAAUGCUCCAUUGGGUGGGGAGUCUGAGGUGUUAAACAAGUAUGAUUCAUCCGCGGUGGGACGGGAUAACGGAGAUGCGAAAAACUGGAUAUCUCAAGCAUCUGCUCUUCUACAUGACGCUCGAGUUGGCUUUGAUUGGAUAUAGCAGAAACUGUCAUAGAAAAUGCGGCUAUUUAGCCACAUAUCAAAAUGCAUCCUAUAAAGGCAACGAUCGAACAUAUUCCCUUGCUAUUUUCUUUCAUGCUAGAGUGGCAAAAUGUGAAGACACAAGAGUGU